CGCUCGCCCCAUGGCCAUGUCAUCGCCUGUGUUUCUCACGACCGCCGGCGUGCCUGCCGCGCCCGUGAAGAAGAUGCAGAACCCGCAGGUGAAGUUCUUCAUCGGUGCAGGUGUGGGCUGGACGUACGAGUUUGCGACGGGUCACUUCCUCGAGUUCAUCAAAGUGAUGAAGCAGACACAGAGUCACAAGUCGUACUUGGAACUGACGCGGGACAUCACGCGGGCCAAGGGCAUCAUCGGGAUCUGGGACGGCUUUUUCCCGUGGGGCACUGUCCAGGCGUUGGCAAAGGGGUCCGUAUUCAGUUGGGGUCAAGCGUUUUCGCGCGCGCAGCUCAGCCCAUUAGUCAAGCAAGGCCACAUUUCCGACCGAACGGCCGAGAUCAUGUCCGGCGGGCUCGGCGGCGGGGUGCAAGGGAUCGUGCUUAGUCCCACGCUCCUGCUCAAGACCCGCGUCAUGACCGACCCCGUGUUCCGAACCAAGAUGUCUGGGUGGGAAACUAUCGUCAAGUCCGGGAAGGUGGGCAUGAACGUCAUCCGCAACGAAGGCGUGCCCGCGCUCAUGAAGGGCAGCAUGGUGUUCUCGUUGAAGCGCGUGGCGGACUGGUCGACGCGGUACUUUUUCUGCGUCGUAAGCGAAGAUUACAUGUACCGUCAGGGCGACCCGAAUCGCAAGAUCACCGUGUCGGAGGAAUUGGCGGCCUCGCUCGUGGGCGGCACGCUGUCGUGCUUGGCGACUCUGCCGGUGGACGUGAUGGUGGCGCAGAUCCAGCAAGCGUCCAAGGCCGGCGCGAACGUCGGCAUUGUCGCGACCUUCAAGGACGAAUAUGCCAAGGGCGGCAUGAAGCGCCUCGUGGGAUUCUCCAUGGGCGGGUUCGUCCCGCGGUGCCUGCAUGUGGCCUUCACGACCAUGGUCAUGAAGACCGGAUGUAGCGCCGUGUACUCCAUGUACGAAGAUUACACGGAUGGCAAUUAAUUUACAAGUUAGACAGUUUUAAGCAGCAUCGUUGUCCGUAAUCUUUUUGUCCUGAUACAUGGACGGAACAUGCUUGAC